AAGCGGCCGGGGAGGAUGAGAAAUCACUGCUGGACGGGACGGGAUCUCCCCUCCUCCUGUGUGUACAAAAUGGGGAAGGCCCUUUCCCACCUGCCUAAGCCUACCUGUCAUGAUGACUGUCAGGACAACCUAACCGCAUCCCCCGGGUACAGUGCCAUGCAGACAGAGGACAUUAAGAACGGGGGAGACGUGUCUCAGUUCCCUUACGUGGAGUUCACUGGCCGAGACAGCGUCACCUGCCCCACAUGCCAAGGCACUGGAAGGAUCCCGCGAGGCCAAGAAAAUCAGCUGGUGGCCCUGAUCCCAUACAGCGACCAGAGGCUGAGACCAAGGAGAACCAAGCUGUAUGUGACUGCUUCAGUUAUUGUGUGCCUGCUGCUCUCCAGCCUGGCUGUGUUCUUCCUUUUCCCACGUUCCAUUGAUGUGAACUAUGUGGGAGUGAAGUCUGUCUACGUGUCCUAUGACCAGAGCAAACGCAUUGUGUAUCUCAAUGUUACGAACUCAUUGAAUAUUACUAACAACAACUAUUACUCGGUGGACGUGGCCAACAUCACAGCCCAGGUGCAGUUUUCCAAGACUGUGAUUGGAAAGACCCGCAUUAGUAACAUAACCACUAUUGGCCCCCUGGAUAUGAAGCAGAUUGACUACAUGGUGCCCACCACCAUAGCUGAUGAAAUGAGCUAUAUGUAUGACUACUGUACUCUGCAGAGCAUCAAGGUGCACAACAUUGUGGUUAUGAUGCAGAUAACCGUCACUACAGUGUACUUUGGCCAUGCUGAGCAGGUGUCUCAGGAGAUGUACCAGUAUGUGGACUGUGGAGGAAACACUACAGCUCUGCAUGAAUAUAGUCUGAAUACUCCUUGGGCAGGCUAGAGCUGAUCCCGAUAAUGUAACAUCACCCUGUCCCUCACCUCUCCAUUCCAUGUGUCAAUGUUUUGGUAAAUCUGUUUGAGGGUUUACUGCACUUCUGCCAGUGAACCACUAGAUGUCAGAGUGUUUGCAAUUCACGAAUGAUGCACUUUAUUUUUCAUUUUCUCCAAGCAAUAUGAACAUUACGGGGUCUGCGUAGUUCUCAGUCCAGUUCACUUUGCCAAACAGAAUCAUUCAUGAGUGUUGUGGUACAAGAUACCUUUUGACAAAGUUCCCUUGUCUUCUAGCACUUCUUAUUUAAAACCCCUCUUAACUGACUUGAUGUAUUUAUGUAUUUGAUGCCAGCUUUUUGUCAGCUGUACUUCGGGUUAUUAUUUUUAUCGUGUUGAUCCUGAUAUUCAUUACAGUUCCAAUGACGAGAUCUAUCUUAACCCAAACACACUUAAUACCUCGUUCCAGUUCCACAGAGUUGGUUCAUGCUCACAGACAGCAUUACAUGAUGCUGUUUUCUGAGGGGGAGUCGGGGUGCAUAUUUGAGAUUGCUUUCAACUACUGUGUGUUUCAUACAAAAGGAUCAUGUGACCACUGAGGGAAUGUCAUUGUAGAUAGCACAAAAGUUGUGCUUCAUGUAAACACUUCAAUCUAUUUAUUUUGUUUGCACUUUGAUAGCAACAUUUCUUUGUCACAGUUUAUAAGCUGUAAAUCUCCAUGAAAAAUCACCUCUAAAUGCAAACUGAUAAAGCACUAAUUAUGUAGAACCACAAUCACUGGCACCUGAGAGCAUCUGACUGCUCAAAUAAUGGAGAAUAUUAUGAGAUGACCAUUCCUUCUGAUUCCUUAUUGUUUAGAAUUUAAAGGCAUUUCAUAUAGAAGUUUGCUUAUUAAAACUAGAUGUUACGUUUAGAUAGAGAGAACUUUGAUAACAUUUUAAACCAGAUGGACUAUAUAGAAAUUUACAUUUGUAAACAUUUUAAUCAUGUUUUUAAAAAAGAUUAUAUAGCCUCUGUAAUAGAAGUGGCUGCUAACAUGACUUGGCAUUUUUGCAUUUCCUAACAACCGUUUGCUUGAUGUACAUGUUUGUGUGUAGCUCUUGUGAUUUUGAAAGAAGAAAAAAAGCGGUUUGGACUGCUUGAGAGAUACACCGACUGAAAUAACAUGACACCUACUGGUUUCCAUGAAAUAAACAUGUUUUGAGUCACUUGA